GGUUGCCGCCGGUAGUUUCUCCGGCGAUCUGGUUCGGCGUCAAGAAGCUUGGAGUUUGGUGUCUUGGUGAUACCCUAGCUUAUUUGAGCAACCUUCCUCAUCACUGUUCGCCGAAAGGACUAAUGUGCCGUGGAAAAACAGAACGUGGGCUCAUUUUUGACGUCCCCGCCUAUAGAGUGGACCCGCUGCGGCGGAGGGAGAUGUUGACGGUGGAGAAGGUUUCUGGGAUGGUUCCCGCUGGCGCUACGUUGUCGGACUCAUCCUGCUGUAGUAGCCAAUCAGCCGUUCCGGCGUCGGAGUUCUGUCCCUAUUCCACACGGCCGGGGGUACUAUAUUUGGAGCUCUGGGAAUUUCUUUGCGGGAUCAAGUAUGGAUCCAGGAAAAGGUUAAGGACUCCAAGUGCUAAGGUUUUCGAAGCUGUUGCAUCAUAUAUUGAUGUUAAAGAAAACAGAAAAAGAAGGCAAAGCCAAUCCAAUAAGUUCGCAAAAACUUCUGAUGAGAGGAAGAUUCUCCAUGGAAGAGUAAUGAUUGGAGGAUUUGAAACAGUCCUUGGGAACAGUGCUGACAAGAGAGAGUUGUGCCUUACAAAUGACUGUAUUGAGUUUGAAGCUUCUGAAGUGAUAGAACUGUUAGUUCUGAAAAUCAAACAGACACCAUGGGGCUAUCUAAGCCGCAAGGAUAAUGAGGAUAAUGAGAGAGCCGAUAGAGAAAGAGCAGAAGAGAGGAAAAUGAAGGGUUUGACCACAGAAUAUUUCUGCAGAAGUUUGUACUGUCCUGAAAAAGGUGCAUUUUUCAGCCUGCAAACUGGUUUAAUGGGCCUUGGAAGUGGUUCUCAAUAUGUUAUGGAGAAUCAUGAGGGAAAGAAAUCCGUUGUAAAUAGCCUGCACCAUAAGCCCGAAGCAUUUGUAGUAUGCCGACUUUUGGAAGUGGAAGUCUCUUGUUCACUUAAACAAUCUAACCCUGAAUCAGUAAGGAUCAAGGUUCAAAGGUUUUUCAGACCUGAAGACAUAUCUGCACAGAAUGCAUAUGUCUCUGACAUCCAAGAGGUAUACUACAGCAAAAGUAUAGAAACAAUACCUGUCAUGGCGGUGAAAGGAAAAUGUGAAGUUAGGAAAAAGGAAGAUUUUGAAUUUAUGGAUUCCCCUUACAUAUAUGAGCAUGCCUUCUUUUGUCAGUUUGUAUAUGACCCUGAAAAUCAAUCCUUAGAACUGUUACCAUCCCACAUCAAGUUGAGCCCUUCCAAAGGAUGUUUAGAACAAAAGGCUGCUAGCAGAAAGAUAAAAAAGAAACAAACGAACAGGAAAGGUGACUCAGGCAAAACUUCUAAUGGUGAUAACGGAAAAGUUGCAAUAAAUUCUUUGGCCACUCUCGACAUAUUUGCAGGCUGUGGCGGUCUAUCAGAAGGUUUAGAAAAGUCAGGUGCAGCAGUCACAAAAUGGGCAAUAGAGUCUGAAGAAACUGCUGCUGAAGCUUUUAAGCUCAAUCAUCCAGAUGCCUUUACAGUUGUUAAAGAUUGCAACAUGGUUCUUAGGGAUAUCAUGAUGGCAAAUGGGGAUGCUAGUGACUGUAUACCAACAUCUGAGGCAAAUGCGUUAGCAUCACAUCUUGACAGCAGCACAAUCAACAGUUUGCCCAGACAAGGUGAAGUGGAUUUCAUCAUCGCUGGCCCUCCUUGUCAGGGGUUUUCUUUAUUGAACAGGCACAAUAAGAGUUCAACGAGUGAUGUUCGACGCAUAAUGAUCUUGUCGCUUUUAUCCUUUGUUGAUUACUUCAGGCCCAAGUUUCUGCUCAUUGAAAAUGUCAGGAAUCUCGUUUCAUUUGAUAAUAUGAAGCCAUUUCAGCUAACUAUAGCUUCACUUCUUGAAAUGGGUUAUCAGGUGAGAUUUGGAGUCCUGGAAGCGGGAUUCUAUGGUGUAGCACAAUCGCGGAGACGUGUUUUCAUAUGGGCGGCCUCACCCAAAGAGACCCUUCCAGAAUGGCCCGAGCCUAUGCAUGCUUUUCCAGGUCCAGACUUGAGGAUCAAGUUAGAUUUAAAUGGAGAUUCCCAUUAUACAGCUGUUGGCAGCACUAAAGCCGGUGCCCCUUUUCGUUGUCUCACGGUAAGAGACACUAUCGGAGAUCUACCGGCUUUGACAAAUGGGGACUCUGCGACAACCAUGGAGUACAAAGGCAAUCCUGUUUCGUGGUUCCAAAAAAGAGUUAGAAGAAACAUGACCGUGCUAACAGAUCACGUUCCCAGGAAACUGAGCGAAUUAAAUCUGAUUCACUGCCAAUACCUCUCUACUGGUGCUGAUUGGAGAGACCUUCCAAAAAAGAAGGUUCAGUUGGCAAGUGGGAAGUUUGUUGACUUGAAACCCCAAUGGUUGAUUAAGAUGCAAAGUAAAGGUAGCCAAUCAAAGGGUGUACUAGGAAGGUUAGAAUGGGAAAAAAACUUCCCAACUGCUAUUACCUGUCCUCAACCAAGAGGAAAGGUUGGGAGAUGGUUUCAUCCUCAACAGGAUAGGCUGAUCUCAGUCCGCGAAUAUGCUCGAGCUCAGGGAUUUCCAGACUCGUAUAAAUUUGCGGGGAAUGUUAGGAAUAAGUACCAACAAGUAGGCAAUGCUGUGCCUCCACCUCUGGCAUUUGCACUGGGGAGAAAGCUCAGAGAGGCAAUAGAAACUCCUUGAAUGGUGAAUUAGCACAAACCAUCACUUGUUUAAUACGGAGUAUAACUUUUUAAGGUACUAAUCGAGAGUCUUAUGGAAGGAGAGUUUUGUCUCACCAGUUUGAUCGAGUCAUGGAAGGAGCCUCUUGCAAAAAUGCAACGCGUUGUGCAUUGGGUUGUUUUUCACCCUUCGGUUUAGAGUCUUAAUAGUUCAUAAAACAUUAACUUAUUCUAUGGAAGAAGCAUAACCCAUUUGGCAUGGGAAGUUUUGUAAAAGAAAUUCUAUGUUUUGGA